ACAAAAUCUGGAUGUCACUCACUGACACUCGCUCACCCAGCAGAAGCAACAACAAAGGAAUUUUGAGCCGAUUGUACCUUGAUGUUUUGAUACAGCGUACUCUUCGAAAACUUGCAAAAUCGGGAAAACAAUGUCAAGGCACGGUAAAGUUAGGAAGGCUAGCCAUGCUGGAAGCUGGUAUAGCGACUCUGGAGCAGAGCUGAACGCGCAGUUGGAAAAUUGGCUCUCAAAGGCCUCGGACAACAUGAAGCCAGCAAGGGCAAUCAUUGCACCUCAUGCUGGAUAUUUCUUCUGUGGGGCUUGUGGGGCCUUUGCGUACCGUCAAGUGGACCCAAACACUGUGAAGAGGGUGUUUAUUCUUGGACCGUCCCACCAUGUUCGCAUGUCUAACUGUGCGUUGUCAGGAACAGAGACGUAUAAGACACCGUUGUAUGAUUUGACCAUUGAUCAGAGAGUCUAUAAAGAGUUAUAUUCAACUGGAGCUUUUGACACAAUGUCGCUGAACACUGAUGAAGCAGAACACAGUAUAGAGAUGCACUUGCCCUAUAUUGCAAAAGUUAUGGAGAGCCGAAGGGAACACUUUACUAUUGUGCCUAUCCUUGUGGGAUCCUUGACCCCUGAGAAAGAAGCCAAAUAUGGACAACUGCUCAGCCCCUACUUGGGUGAUCCAGAGAAUCUUUUUGUGAUUUCCUCUGAUUUUUGCCACUGGGGUAAACGGUUCAGCUAUACUUAUUACGAAAAGUCUCGAGGAAGGAUUUGGCAAUCUAUUGAGGCACUGGACAAGAUGGGCAUGGAUAUUAUUGAAAAGAUGGACCCCCCUGCCUUCACGAAUUAUCUUCAGACAUUCCAUAACACGAUAUGUGGUCGUCACCCCAUCGGGGUCCUCCUCAAUGCAAUAGAUCACUUCAGACGCACAAGCAAUGGGACGGCGAUGCAGCUCAAGUUUCUCAAGUAUGCCCAAUCCAGUCAGUGUGAAACUACCCAUGACUCGUCUGUCAGCUAUGCAUCUGCUGCCUUUGUCUUGCAAUAAUUGUCAUAAUUAUAUUGUACAUUUGAAACAAUCAGUCAAAAUACAAUUAUAUUUCCUGUGUGGUGUCAUGUAUUUGAGAUGGAUGGGAGUCAUGUCAUGGCCUUUUCUUUAAACCUCAAAGUGCCCAGUACAAUGUUCUGUGGUGUUGAGGCUGAUAUAAGGUGUUUGAGUAAAGAUAAGAAAAUAAAGAAUAGCAACAGAAGAUAGCAAAUGAGGUACCGAUAUUGGUAACUGUACAUUUUCUGAAAGCUUAUGAGUUGAAGAAUAUUUUUACGUUACUGCGGGUAAAAAAUAAUCAGUUUCGUUGACUGUGACUGUAUCACAUUGACAAUGAAUGGUAGACUAUUUUGUUUACAAACGUGUCCUUAUAUCCCUCUGUUUAUUUCUUAUGAAUAUAUAAGACUAGGCAGUUUAGUGAGUGCGCUCGUUCAGUGUACAAUACUUUGAAAAAUAAGGACAGAGAGCCGACUUAUGGUCAUAAAGAAGUUUUGUUGGUUUUUGGGUUUUUUAAAAACUCACUUGAGACUAGACUCGUUUCGGCCCACCAAACCCUGGGCACUAGUGUUUUUCUUGUAUUUUUAAAAAAUCACAUUGACCUUACUUAUGAAUGGAUCUUAACUCACUGAGCACCACGCCCCGAUUUGCCUCCAAGCCCCAGAGAACCACACAUUUCACCCACUUUUUGAAAAUUCAUAAAAAAUUGAAAUGAACAGCUAUUUCUUUGAAAUUUUCGGUGCUAUUUCAUAAGAUAUGAGUCCAACAGACACAAUAAACACAUUUUGUGAAGAAUGAAUGACAAAAAAAUGUAUAAGACAGGAAGUUGGGACAAAUUUUCCCCCAGAAAAUUUUUUUGGGAACAUAAUGGAAAUGAUGUGACAAAGCAGAAUUCGAAUAAACUUACCCAAAAUAGUUGUGGCAAUGUGUGUUUGUGUGCAGGAGAAUGAAGCAUGAGUGUGUACAGAGAAGUAGCAUAAAGAUGUAAGUGAUAAUUAAUUUUGAAAAAUAAAAAAAAGGACAAGGAGUUCUCAGUGGAGUUGACCAAAAAUAAGCCUACCUCAAGGCUGACUAUCUCACUUAUGUUGUGUAAUUUUCUUUGGUAUGGUAAUCCUCAAAACACUGUCCUAUGCACAAAGAUAUUUCACACACAGAACACCAGUAAUGGGUUUCAACCCUUUUCCUGUUCAUUGGUACAGUAUUUCCCCGAGCUUGACGUCGUUUGUCACCACACACUUUACAGUCACGCCUUGGCUUGUUGACAGAAGGGGUAGGUGAAAGUGGAUAAAUAUAAUGUUUCCCACUUAGUCUGUCCGGUAAUUGUGGUGGCACUUGUGGGGUGGGUUGCUCAGCUUGUUGAAGCUGGCGGUAAGUUCUGUUCUGAGAUGAAGAAUGAAGUAGGGAAAUUUGAUGGAAGGACGACCCGCUCUUUUUUCAGCCUCAACAAAGAGAAUGUGUGACUGAAUGAUGACAAGAGUGACCAGAUGAAGGAAGAGUUUUUUCCAACAUUUCAUUGUUCUCCUGUUGAGGGGCAUGUAACUCAUCAUCUGAUCACUCUUGUCAACACCAGCCAUGUGUUGAAUGUAGGACUGGACAGCAAGAGGUUUUGGUUUUUGACCUGUCCGAGUUGUCACCUGCAUCAUGACUCUCGGGUCGUGAACCGUCGUCAGAACAUGAACGUCUUUUUUGUACUUCCAUUUUACGGCAACAACAGCACCUUUACGGCGAUAAGCCGUCUCGCCCUCUCAGAGCUGUGAACUCACCAGCUCACGAGGCAUACCGACACGAUUUGCCCUGGCUGUGCCUACAGUCAUUGUUCCGGUUCCGGUGAGGUCAAAGCUCAACGACGGACAAGUGUAGUAUUUUUCCGUGUGGGCGAUGAAUCCUUGUCCGUCUAGAGGCUGAAGAAGACGUUUCACUACAUCCACUGGUCUGUUGCUAACACCCUUUUCGCCAAAGUAAAUUUCAAAAUUGAACACAUAUCCAUUUCUGCUUUCACAUAUUCAUAUAGUUUCACCCCCCCACUUUACGAGCUUGUUCCGCGUAUAAACCCUGUAACGAAUAUUGCCCCUCCAGGGGCACAUGGCCUCGUCGAUACAGAUAUCUUGCCUUGGAGUGUAAAGUUCCUGGCACGUAAGUUCGAGAUGGUCGUAAAUUGGCCUUAUUUUAUGUAAAGGGUCAUGACCCUCCUGACCCACUGGAACGAAUGUGGCAUUAUCAUUGAGAUGAAGAAACGCCAACAUCUCGCUGAAACGGGCACGUGACAUCAUUGUUGACGCAUAACUGCUGUGUACAAGAGGGUUCUUACUCCAUGUGUCCUUGAUAGAUGGCUUUUUGACAACAGUCAUAUGGAUAAGCACUGCGAAAAACUGCUUUAGAUCCAGCAUUGUUAGAGUUUUCCAGCGUUUGUACAGGCUGUGUCUUGAUUGCUGUGGCGUUUGCUUGGCACGGAUCUGACUGGCUGCAUAAGUAUUUGUUUCUGCUUUGAUCCGUCUAAAAAUGUUGUUUGUGAAAAACAAAAAGAAAAUAUCAAGAGGGAUGGUUGCUUCAUCUGGUAUGUGGAGGCCAGGGGUGGCAGUGAAGGGGCAGUUCACUGGAUAGUUGGUCAGGUUUGUGGACCAUUCGUCGAUGACAGACUGAGAAACAUUUUCACUGUCAGUGUUGCUUGUACUAGGACUAGGACUAGAUCUGCCAUUAGAUGUUCCAGGUCUGGGUACAAAUUUUCUCCGCUUUGACUUAAAAUUGGGAAAUUGCUCCAUUAGUUGGCUUACUCUUUAAUAAUUUUGAGCAGUGAAGAUAUCAAAGAGAAUGAUGUAUGAUAUGUUUUAAAUAUAUAUGACAUUAGAAGUAAAGAUAUUGCCCACUUUGCCAACUACAGGUUAUCUUUUUUUUAAGGUUAUUUUUUAUGACCCUGUAGCCCACCUGUAGGCCUUAUAAGUAUAAAACAAUUUUUUAUUUCACUUUGUAUAGAGGUGUUUUGUGGUUUUGUGAAUUCUAUGUAAAAUUCUCAACAAAUUGUUGGAUUACACUUUUAGAAAUAUAUAUAUGCAUUUUUUGAAGAGUAUUAGUUAUUUGUGUUGUUAAGUUGCAAUUUGGUGUCACAAAAACUCUUAUGUUAAAAAUGGCCUGAAAUUGGCUGGAUGUUAGGAAUGAAAAAUCACAAUAACUUUCUAACUAGUCAACACCGUUUAAACUGUUUUAUGAUCAUGAAGGCAAGGGCUUUCAAAUGAAAGUAUUUUAAAGUUAAAGCAUAUCAGACAACUUUGAAAUUUUCACUAAACUGCCUAUUAAGACCCCUUUCAGCAUAUAUUCUACAUGUUAUAAGCUUUCCAAAAAUGUAUAUAUGGGUUUGUGAUGUAAAAUAGCAUUUUUGUACUCUUUCAUUUAUAGCAUGUCAUGUCAUUUUCUAAAAAUAAAUUCACGAUAAUGAACUUUGACUUUGAGUACAGACUUUGCUUGUUUUAUACAAAUGAAAUAAAAACAAAUACGUAAAAUCAUG